CAGUUUGAUUUGGUGUGUGAAAAUUCCUGGAUUGGUCCCACAGUAACGUCAAUACAGAUGGGCGGUGUGUUAGCUGGAGCCUUUAUCGGUGGUCAGAGUGGAGAUACCUUUGGUCGGAAGAAAACCAUCUAUUUAUCUCUUCUCUUUCAUGUGGUCUUCAAUAUCACCAUUGCCUUUUCUGUCAACUGGCAAAUGUUUGCUGCUUUCCGUUUCCUGAUUGGAUUCUGUGUUGGAGCCUUCUUGGUGAUCGUGGUAUAUCCCCUGGAGUUUAUUGGUAUCAAGCGAAGAUCGUGGGCGUCCAGUAUACCAUUAUGGGCUACGGGUGUAAUGGUUCUGUCACUUUGUCAGUACCUUAUACACGAUUGGAAAUAUCUCCAUAUUGUAUGUGGAGCUUUAACAUUUCCGUAUGUUUUAGGAUAUUUUAUCGUACCAGAAAGUGUUCGAUGGUUGGCGAUUAAAGGACGAUUAGACGAAGCCAAAGCAGUUAUAGAACAGAUAGCUCGGUUUAAUAGUAGACAAAUUCCAGAGAACACUGAAAGUAUUUUGAGUAAAAUUGCUGAAAUGGAAAGAGAGAAUAACGAGAAAGGAAGCCAAUAUACAUAUAUAGAUAUAUUUCGGGGCAGAUAUUACUUUAAAACUAGCUUGUGUGUCCAGCUCAUAUGGUUAUCACUGUCAGCAAUAUAUUAUGGAUUCGCCUUUGGUGUCAGUAAUUUUUCGGGAAAUUUUUAUUUAAACUUCUUCCUCAUGAACGUUUUAGAAUUUCCAUUAUUUUUACCAAUUAUUUAUUUUCUAUCAAAAUCUAGACGUUAUUCUUCAGCCGUUCCACUGUUUACUGCAGCUGCCGCCUGCAUCGCAAUUCUUAUUAUACAAGAAAGUAAUCCCUUGAUUACGGGUUUAUCAUUGACAGCCAAACUAUUAGUCGGUGCUGCCUGGGUAGCCAUGAUUCUACUGACUAGUGAAAUAUACCCGACCGUUGUAAGGUAUAUAGGGUAUGGUGCUGCCAACACAGCCGCUCGUAUUGGUGGAAUAUUAGCUCCCUUUAUAUUCAGUUUGGGUAAAAGUCGGAUGACACCUUACAUUGUGAUGAGUGUAUUAAUGACAGUCAGUGGUAUAGCUACCUUAUUACUGUCAGAAACCUUGAAUAGAGCCUUACCUGAUCUGAUACUCAAGGAACAA